GUCAUUGCCCGUCUGUUGCCGCCUCAGCGGCGGUCUGACACGCCCUUAUCAUGUGGAGAUGACUACUCAGGCCGAUAUCGUCGGUCCAGGACUGACUUACAAAAGGGCCCCUCGACCAGCAAGUCUGCAACACCGUCGGCACCAUACGAGCCGGCCAAAUAGCACAUCCGCGAAAGCAGAGGAAUCUGCCCAAGGCCUGAGUCGUGGAGCCUCACUGACCCAGCUACUACUGAAGAGCACAACUUACCGGCGACAACACCUCCCGAGGUCAUAAUCAUGUCGGCGACAGUGUCCAAGGCCGCUCUCCAAGAGCGGUUUGUGGGCAAGACCCUCCAAGAGGUCCCCACGCCCAGCAUCGUCCUGGACAUGGCCAAGCUCGAGGUCAACUGCCAGCGGAUGAUCGAUGCUGCCGACAAGAACGGCAUUGGAUGGCGGGCACACAUCAAGACUCACAAGACGGAGGAGCUCACGAGGCUUCAGGUGGGCGAGCACUCCAAGGCACCGGCCAACAUCAUCGUCUCGACCAUCCUCGAGGCAGAGAAGAUCGCCCCCGUCCUGAAGGACUUCCAGAACAAGGGGCGUGAUGUGAACGUCCUCUUCGCCUUCCCCCUCUUCCCAUCCGCCGUCCCCCGCCUGGCCGCCAUCUCCAGAGCCCUGGGCCCCAACGCCCUCGCCGUCAUGAUCGACAACCCGGCCCAGGUGCCCCUCCUGGCGGACCUCAGGUCCCAGUCCGGCGGCAACAGGCCGCUCGCCUUCCUCAAGAUCGACGUCAAGUACAACCGCGCGGGCGCCAUCCCGGGCACGCAGACCUACCACGCCCUGCUGAAGGACGCCCUCGCGGCCGAGGCGGACGGGUCGGCCGUGCUCCACGGCCUGUACGCCCACGCCGGCCAGUCGUACUACACCCGCGGGGACUGGGACGCCCUGAUGUACCUGACGGACGAGUUCGCCACCCUGGCCGGCGUCGCGGCCGAGAUCCGCGCCCAGAGCGCCGGCCACGCCCUCACCCUCUCCGUCGGGGCCACCCCCACCGCGACGGCACUGCAGCACCCGGGCAUCCCCUCCUCCUCCUCCUCAGGAGCACAAGGAGGAGCACAAGGGGCCGGCGCAGGCGAGACAGGCGCCCGCGUGGCGACCCUCGCCUCCCUGAUCGGCACCCUCAAGGCCGACGGCCUGGCCCUCGAGGUCCACGCCGGCGUCUACCCGACCCUCGACCUGCAGCAGCUGGCGACCCACGCGCGCGACAGCUCCCUCCUGGGCAGCGGCGACAUCGCCAUCUCGGUCGUGGCGGAGGUGGCCUCGCUGUACGCGGGCCGCGGCGCGGCCGGGUCCACCGAGGCCCUCGUCAACGCGGGGUCGCUCGCCCUGGGCCGCGAGCCGUGCAGGCAGGACGCCGAGGGCCACUACGCCGGCUGGGGCGUCGUCGCGCCCUGGGGCGAGCCCGCGCUCGAGGCGUCCGACCCCGCGCCGGCGGGGUUCCCCGCCGUCCACCGCGGCUGGCAGGUCGACAAGAUCAGCCAGGAGCACGGCGUGCUCGCGUGGAAGGGGGACAAGGGUGCCGAGGUGCCGCUGAGGUUCGGGCAGAGGCACAAGAAUAGAAUAAAAUGCACAAAAAUCUCAUCUAGAUUAAAUGUUCCAUUUCUCUGUUUUUUUUGUACAAAUAGCCAGCUAGCUUUCCGCAAAGGCUGCCCUACCGGCUUUUGA